AUGACGACGACAGCGCCCCCAGGCUCCGAUCUUUCGCACGCUUCACCUUCGCGGGCGCCACCAUCCCGGUCAUAUUCCACCCGCAAAGAUCCAUCACACCCUUCACGUCCUCCAACUACCACAUCGGCCACAUCCAGCCCUGCUUCUGCUUCUGUUCCUGCUUCUGCCAGCUAUCAGCGCUCACACUUCCACCACCAACAACAGCACCAACACCAUCGCCGCGUCUCCUCCCACCGCUCCUCCGGCCACCAGGUUCCGCCGCCGCAACAUGACUACGACACGACGCGCAUAGCCUCCCACCCCAAGCGCAGUCCCAGCCGCGAGAUUCCCAGGGGCCACGACGCCAACCGCCCUCACCGACGCAGCAGCUCUCGCUCUAGCUAUCCCCAUUCCCAUCCUUCCCCCGAUAUGCCUUCUGCUGCUGCGGCAAAUGCCGCGCCACCGUCCUCCUCCCACGGCCGCUCCUCGCACUCGCACUCGCACUCGCACGCGGGCACCGACGCCCAGUCCUCAUCCCAUGCUACCAAACAAUCGCGCUCGCGCACCACCAUCCCUACGCAGUCUGGAAAAUGGAUUCUUGGAAAGACCAUUGGCGCCGGCAGCAUGGGCAAGGUAAAACUUGCCCGCAAAGAAGACGGCAGCGAACAGGUUGCCUGCAAAAUCAUUCCACGUGGCUCGACCGACGAUAAUCAUCAGAGCCGCGCCGAUAAAGAGCGCGCCGACCACUCCAAAGAAAUUCGUACCGCCCGUGAAGCUGCCAUCGUCACCCUUCUCAACCAUCCCCACAUCUGCGGUCUGCGCGAUGUCGUGCGUACAAAUUACCACUGGUACAUGCUCUUCGAGUUUGUCAAUGGAGGCCAGAUGCUCGACUACAUCAUCUCACACGGGAAGCUUAAGGAGAAGCAGGCCCGCAAGUUCAGCCGUCAAAUCGCCAGCGCCCUCGACUACUGUCACCGCAACAGCAUCGUCCACCGCGAUCUCAAGAUCGAGAACAUUCUUAUCAGCAAGACUGGCGACAUAAAAAUUAUUGACUUUGGCUUGAGCAAUCUCUUUGCUCCCCGCGGCCACUUGAAGACGUUCUGCGGAAGUUUAUAUUUUGCUGCUCCAGAACUCCUUCAAGCAAGAGCGUACACUGGGCCAGAAGUCGAUGUAUGGAGCUUCGGUAUCGUACUCUACGUGCUUGUCUGUGGCAAGGUACCAUUCGAUGACCACAGCAUGCCCGCGCUUCACGCCAAGAUCAAGAAGGGCCUUGUGGAUUACCCCAGCUGGCUGUCAAGCGAAUGCAAACAUCUGAUGUCCCGUAUGCUUGUCACAGACCCAAAGCAGCGCGCGACCAUGCAAGAAGUCAUGAUCCAUCCCUGGAUGCUCAAGGGCUACAGCGGACCUCCAGACAAUUACCUACCUAUUCGGGAACCUGUGACCCUGCCCCUGGAGCCCGAGGUCAUGCACGCCAUGCAGGGCUUCAACUUUGGCUCUCCAGAGAGCAUCAACGCGCAGCUGACUAAAAUCAUCGAGUCGGAGGAAUACCAACAGGCUUGCAGGCUGUACUAUCGGGAAAGGAAGAUCUCGCAACAGACCCCUGAAGUGGAAAAGAAGAAGAGUUUUGGCUUUGACUUCUAUAAGCGACGAAACUCCGGCUCUGCGAGCCGCGACACGUUGACACACUCUAGCUCUGACGCGCUGCAGCUGGGUAGUGACCCUCUCAAUGCCUUCAGCCCCUUACUGUCUGUCUACUAUCUUGUACGGGAGAAGCAAUCGAGAGAGCAAGAAACUCUGCUCACGCAGACACCCGCGUCUAGCAAAGAAAAAGAGAAGCAGAAGGAGCGCGAGCGUGAACGUGAACGUGAACGCGAGCGAGACAAAGAAAGGGAACGCGAUCGUGAUGCGCAUGACCGUCCUGUCGAAGCCAUGCCUGAACUCGCACCGCCCAAGGCGGCGCACACGAAUGCUGCUGCAUUCGAGAUGCCCGGUGAGAAACCAACUGGCGGGCGCACACGACCACGGGCGAGAACACAUGGCGAGGAUGACGAGCCUGAGAUUGUCAAGCAGCAGAAGCCACAGGAUAAGCCGGAGCCUGCACCCAAGAAGGAGGGCACAGCAGCCGGUCUUCUGCGGCGCUUCAGCACGCGAAAGCGUCGAGACCCGCAACGCCAUGAAAGGGAUCGCUCCCACCCCCCUAUGGUUCACGUUCAUUCUCCUUCCGAGGCAGCGCCCAUGGCACCGCGGAAGAGCUUCAGCAUGCGUCGAUCGCGCCCUGAUCCAGAGGAGCUGCGUUCAGGGGGAAGCCAGCCCCAUCACAAGGAACUUCUCAGCCCGCCGCUAUCCGCGGGGGGAAGAUCUAGUAAAUCCGGACUCGGGCGCUCAACCAGCGUCAACUCGGGCGACACGCGUCGUCGUGAGGUAACAAGGGCAGCUCGUGAGCAGGCUGUUACUAGCGGCAGUGACCAAUCCGUGGAGAAUGAUAGAAGUGGCCACAAGGGACAUGGCCACUCACAGUCCAUGACCAUGCGAGCCAAAUCUCUCGGCCAUGCCCGCCGAGAGAGCGUUCAGCGCCGCCGAAAACGACGAGAAAAUGCCAUGGAAUCCAACGUGCCUGAAGAAACGGACGGCGAGGUCGAACAGAGUGGGCAGUCUACGGAACGGCUGGCAACUAGUGAAUUGGCAAAGCCUGUCUUCUUGAAGGGUCUGUUCAGCGUGUCGACCACAUCAGGCAAAUCGGUCCCUGCAAUCCGAGCCGAAAUACGCCGGGUGCUCCAUCAGUUGAACGUCGAGUACAUCGAAAUCAAGGGUGGCUUUAGCUGCCAGCAUUCGCCAAGCAUUGACCUGAACAAGGUGCAAGAUCCUCCUGGUACGGCUGCCGGGCAAUCGAGUGGCCACCGGCGACGCUUCAGUUUUGGAGGAUUGCGUCGUGGGGACGACCGAGAUGACUCUGACCGUGGUCCUCUGACCCCCAGAACGCCUGUGCGCUCUGACAGGGAUCGCAGUGACCGAGAGAGGAGCGACAGAGAGCGCAGCUACUCCAACUCCGAAACGUCAAUCGAUAGCAUUCCGCGCCGGAAUGGAGGAACGUCACGACGGGCGCCCGGAGAAACGAGCACGCAGGUGCAGAGCGAUCUGGGUGGCAGCAUGAUUUUGGAAUUCGAAAUCUUUAUUGUCAAGGUGCCGCUGUUGUCACUACACGGCAUUCAGUUUAAGCGCAUGGAAGGCAACACGUGGCAAUUCAAGAACAUGGCGGACCAGAUUUUGAAAGAACUGAAACUAUAA